AUGUCGGCCAUUGAGACGCUUGUGGAAAGGGCGCUUACUAAGGCCACCAAGGACAGUGCCGUGCAUGGCGUGGACAAGGAUCAAUACCUGUUGUGUUCCUCUGUCGUCAAAGCCGGUGAGCGUAAUUACUAUACCGUCAAGGUGCUGCAGACGGGACUCGACGAGAGCCAGGCCAAGGCGGCCGCUCUCGCCCUGCUGUCGCAGCAGUACGGAGGCACCGCCUCGGGUGGCCCCGCCGAUGCGGCAGAGAAGGUUGUCAAGACACUUGAACGUUUGUCGUCAUCACAGUUGGGUCACUUGGCCGCGGGCUGGGCCACGCAACUCGGAGAGGCAUUCGCCAACGCGGGCAUCCUUUCGACAGUGGAGGCUGGCUCGCUCGCGGGCCGCACCGGCAGCGGCAAGGUGCCGCUCGAGAGCGGUGAGGAGGCGCAGAUGCCUUACACCGUCAUUCAAGGACCAUCCGAGGGCAUGUACGUGCUCGAGGAGAGCGGAGCGCAGGGCGAGCCCCGACGCUCGGUCGUCCUCAACACCUUGCUGGUGAGCCUCAUGCUACAGCCGGCGCAGGCACACGUCGUCUCUAACGCGACGCUUGUCAAGGUCGACGGCUCGAGCAAUGCUCUGGCUGUUUUCCGCAAGUUGCCCAAGUCAGGCAGCGCCGCCGAAGGCCACGUCUCGCAAGAGGAGAUCCUCCAGUUAGCAGACGGUCUUCCGGCCGCGGGCGCGGUCUCGCUCUCGGGAGAGGAGCGCGUCAAGACGUUCGCCCGAGCUCUCGAGGCCAAAGUCUCCGGCGGCGAAGGCUCUGGCUGGGAAGGCUCUGGCUGGUUGGCCGCUGUUGGGGACAAGGCGACCUACUCCGUCUUCGAGCUUCGGAGUCAGCUCGAGAGGCUUGGCCCCGACUUCACGCCGGUCGCCGCGCUGCCCGCACCCAAGUCGCGCACGGAGUUCUUCACGCGCAAUAUCCGCGGGGAGAACUGGGGCGACUUCGCCAAAAGGGUCGCCCCUCUGAUCGAGCCCGAUGAGCAGCGGUGCACUUUCAUUCGCUCCAGUGAGGUGGUCCUUCGCGACGCGAUCGAGCGAUGGCUGGAAACUGGGCUCGACAGCCUCCGGGACGCUUCUCUCGCGUCGCUCGCCCUUCGCACCGACUGGUCGGUGGACGCAGCGUGCUCGCUGAUGUACCAAUUUGCGAUGGCCAAGGAGCAGCAGCGGCUCGCCCCGCCCACUCCGCCACCGGGCGUGCCGCCUCCGAUCCUUACGCAGCCGAUCAUCAAGAUCACGACGGGCGCAUCGGGUGAGGGCAGCGACGAGGCCCUCUCCGCGGCCGCUGCCGCGCAGAGCUUGACGCCCACGGAGCGCGCCGUCGACGACGUCGCCGAGGAGUACAAGGAGGUGGACUGUUACUGA